AAGCACUACUACCCAGCACAGCUAGCAAUUGCAAGCAUCGCAAGAACAGCACGCAAACACCUUCUAAUUCGCUCGACUUAUAGCAGCUGCAUCGUCGGCAGGACGAAGCAACCGUUGUGGACACUCUGGAGUAACAGAGCGGCAAGAGCCCUCCACGAGUCCUCUGUCCAGCUGACUGGUUCCGCGCGGUAAACUGCACGCGGGAGUGCGCUCCGUACGCUUGAGCCAAUUUUUUACGAUUCCUCGGAACGGCCUUAUCGGGUUUCAUGGCGAAAUCGACCUUAGCGUUUGCAUUGGCGGCUGUCCUCGGUGUCGCCUUUUUGGCGGGUUCGGCGCUUGGGGCGGCAACGGUGCCAAACGGCAAGCCGUGCUACCUGACGUCAGCGUACAAACCAGUCAAGCCGUGCGCUGGCGGCCCUGCCACUUGCGUCGUGAAGAAUAUCCCUCCGUCCGGCGCUAGGGACACUCGCAUAUCGGGAAUCUGCAACAGCACCUACUACAACGGUCCCUACUGCGCGUUCGCGUCGCAGCCAUACGCCGUGGGCACGAGCAACAUCCCGGGGAACCCCAACUGCCCGCGCUGCACCUGCACGCUGCAGAAAGGCGGCAGCACUACCACUACCACCACCGCCGCUGGUGCUACUAAACGCGUGUUCGCUCAAACGGCUUCGUCGUCGCGCAAGCCUGCUGGUUCCAUCAAGGCCAAAUCGACGGCCACCUGCGUGUGCAACAGCGGCGCCACUGUCAGCGGCAUCGGCGGCGGAGGAACCCCCUGCAAGAUCGGCUUGGAUGGGAAGCUCGUGGCAGGCUCGUCGUGCCCUGUGACGCAGUCGUCGUGCUUUAUCAACAAGGUGGGGAUCAACGGAGCUGACUCUGGAGAAUGCACAGCGCCCCAGUCGAUUUCCCCGAUGGCGUGCAGCUCUGCGGGCGAGACGUGGGGUAUGCGCUACUAUGCGGUGGGCACCAUCGACAUUCCCGAGCCCGGCAACUGGUGCUCGCGCUGCAAAUGCGGCCCCUCGGGCCUCACGGAAUGCAAGCCCAAGUCUCCGUGCACACCACCCAAGUAGACGAGCUACAAGUGAACGGAACGGUGGCAGCGGGACAGCAGAACGGACUGUGUCCCAGAAAUGCCGCCGCAGAUUUCCUCUUUGCUGUGUCUUUACCAUGCUCCUCAGCUUCACUAAUAAGCGCACUCGCGCGAAGAGUUGUCCUAACCAUUCUCACAAUCAGAACGUGUUCAAAUUAUUCUAUAUACAGA